CCCUCCCUCCUUCUCUCUCUCUCUCUCCUAUCUCCCUCUUCUUAUCCCUCUCUCCCUCCCCUCUCCUGACCCCUACCUGGCACCCUUACCCCCGAGGACGUACCCCGUUGGCACCCUCCCCAGGCACUCCCACGUGGCACCAUGACUGUCACUUACACCCACGAGGUCGCUGACUGCAAGGGAUUCGGAAAUUUUUGGCGUCUGCUCUUCAGGACAACAGAGGGCGUCUCAUGCGUAGAACUAUCAUGCGUUACGUAAAUCUAACGUUUACGCUAACGUUGACGAUGAUCACGCCGCGAGCCAAGAAACGUUUCCCGACCUUGGAGCAUUUGGUGGAUUCUGGCCUGAUGACCGCCGGCGAGCGCAAGAUCCUGGAGGCCAUCCAGGACAAGGCGCCCCACCCGGUCUACUACCUCCCCCUGGUGUGGGCGGGCGGGGUGGUGUCCCGGGCGAGGAAGGAGGGCCGGAUCCGGGACGACUUCGCCCUCAAGACCAUCAUCGGGAUAAACCGACUCCGAGGACUAUGCGGAGGGCUGCUCAGCUACGACUGGAUCAGCAUCCCUCUGGUGUACACGCAGGUCGUCACCCUGGCCGUGUACUCCUUCUUUCUGGCAACACUGAUGGGCCGCCAAUUCCUUGACCCGGCCAUGAAUUAUCCGAACAACACCAUCGAUUUUUACUUCCCUGUGUUCACCCUGCUGCAGUUUUUCUUCUACAUGGGGUGGCUCAAGGUCGCCGAGACACUGGUCAACCCUUUUGGCGAGGAUGACGACGACUUUGAGGUCAACUGGCUCAUUGAUCGUAAUAUUCAGGUCUCCUUCUGAUCGUGGACGAGAUGCACAACGAGCACCGCCGAACUCGUCCAGGACAUGUACUGGGACGACGUGUACCCGCAGGAGCUCCCCUACACCUUCGCCUCCGAGCAGUACCGCCGGGAGCCGCCCAUGGGGAGCACGGCGAACUUCGAGAUCCCGGAGGCCGAGCAGGAGAUCCUCCCC